AUAAUCAUCGUUGUUUUGACGCGACGUCAAGCAAUGCGGAAGUUAGCGAAGCUCCACGAUGUCCUUGUAGCUUGACGUUUUUCUAUCAGGAUGUAAAAUGCCCUUUUAAUUUUACUUGGUUCAUCGUGCCUGAUACUCCAUCAGUAACAUUAAGUAUGCCGCUCUAUAAAUACUCUUCUAAAAUCUGGGAUGCCCUCAAGCUUAAAAGUGGCAUCUACGCCCGGCUUCCCAAGCAUUACCUGAAGUCUCUGGAGCUAAAGGAGCCCACGCCGGUCCACUGGAGGCCCCUGGGGGUCCAGUAUCGUCUCAGUCCCAAAACAGGUCAAAAAGAACGAGUGCAGGACGUCCCGAUCCCCAUCUACUACCCACCAGAGUCGCAGAACGGCCUUUGGGGCGGCGAGGGCUUCGUUUCGGGCUUCAGAUAUGCCCACAAUGAUAAAAUGUCCAAUCGCCUGCCGAAAACGUGGAAGCCACAGCUUUUGAAGAGAGAACUUUACAGCGAGAUCCUGGACCACAAGUUCACCAUCACGGUCACGCCGCGCACCCUGGACCUGAUCGACGCUGCCUUUGGAUUUGAUUUUUACAUCCUAAAAACACCAAAGGAAGAUCUGAACUCCAAACUGGGCAUGGACCUGAAGAGGGCCAUGUUACUCCGCCUGGCUCGCAAAGACACUCAGCUGUAUCCAGACGACGCAGUGACAAGAGACAAGGUGUACAACAAAUACAAGCAGUUUGAGAUCCCCGAGGACGAGGCCGAGUGGGUGGGUCUGACUCUGGAAGAAGCUGUGGAGAAACAGAGACAGCUGGAGCACAAGGAGCCCGAGCCGCAGUUCAAGGUGUGUGCGGAAAAGCUGAUAGAGGAGCUGCACAUCCAAAAACUGUCCGAGCCUCAUCUGACUGAAAACAAAUGAACAAGAACAAGUGAAAUCUUUGUGUGUCAAUGUGUGAGAGACACACAGAAAACAGGAAGCAACCCUGAUUUAUCUCAUUUCCUCUUCUUUGCUUGGCUGGAAGAACACUCAACACUGGCGUAAAUACAGCAGCUGUCCAUUCUCUCAGCUUGGAUAAAAUCUUUUUUAAAAAAAUGUCACUUUUA